AUGUCUAUCGAUUUUCCCAAGGAAGAGGAAGCCAUCAUCCAGAGAUGGCGCGAGAUCGACGCUUUCCAUCGCCAACUGGAAUUGUCGGCUGGUCGACCUCCCUAUACGUUCUAUGAUGGCCCUCCAUUCGCUACAGGUCUGCCUCACUACGGGCACCUGCUCGCCUCUACCAUCAAGGACAUCAUUCCCCGAUACUGGUCCAUGAAGGGUUAUCAUGUCGAGCGACGAUUCGGAUGGGAUACCCACGGAAUCCCCAUCGAGCACGAGAUCGACAAGAAGCUGGGCAUCUCCGGAAAGGCUGCCGUUGAGAAGCUGGGAAUUGGAAAGUACAACGAAGAGUGCCGCUCCAUUGUGAUGCGAUACGCUGCCGAAUGGCGCACCACCAUCGAACGUUUGGGGCGAUGGAUUGACUUCGACAACGACUACAAGACCAUGGACCCGACCUUCAUGGAGUCGCUGUGGUGGGUUUUCAAGCAGCUGUUCGACAAGGGACAGGUGUACCAGGGCUACCGAGUGAUGCCCUACUCGACAGUCUUGACCACUGCCCUUAGCAACUUCGAGGCAAACCAAAACUACCAAGACGUUACCGACCCCGCCGUUGUUGUGUCGUUCCCCCUGUUGGACGAUCCGGACACUCACCUCCUGGCCUGGACGACUACCCCCUGGACCCUGCCGUCACACACCGGUCUCGCAGCCCAUCCAGACUUUGAAUACCUCAAGAUCAAGGACGGCAAGUCUGGGAAGAACUAUAUUAUCCUGGAGAACCUGCUGGGCACUCUCUACAAGGAUCCCAAAAAGGCUGAUUUCACAAAGAUUGGCAAAGUCAAGGGCUCGGAGAUGCUUGGGUGGAAGUACAAGCCGCUCUUUGACUACUUUUAUGAAGACUUCAAGGAUGUAGGCUUCCGAGUCCUCAACGCCACCUAUGUUACGGCCGAUAGCGGUGUGGGAGUUGUUCACCAGGCACCCGCUUAUGGUGAGGACGAUUACAACGUGGCCCUCGAGGCGGGCAUCAUCAGCGAGAAGCGCCCCCCUCCGGAUCCCAUCAACGACACUGGCCACUUUACCGACCGCGUUCCCGACUUCGCCGGGAUGCACGUCAAGGAAGCCGACAAGCACAUCAUCAAGUACCUCAAGCAGGCUGGGCGACUGGUCGUCGAAUCUCAGAUUCGACACUCUUACCCCAUGUGCCCUCGCUCUGAUACCCCGCUCAUCUACAGAACUGUGCCUUCGUGGCUCAUCCGCAUUCCCGAGAUCAUUCCCAGCAUGCUCAAGAACAUUGAGGACUCUCACUGGGUUCCCUCAUUCGUCAAGGAGCGUCGUUUCGCCAGCUGGAUCCAGAAUGCUCGAGACUGGAACGUGGGAAGAAACCGAUACUGGGGUACGCCGAUCCCUCUCUGGGUAAGCGAUGACUUGGAAGAACGCGUCUGCGUCGGAAGCGUUGAGGAACUUCGAGAGCUCAGUGGCUAUACUGGCGAGCUGAACGACAUCCACCGAGACAAGAUUGACCACAUCACCAUCCCCAGUAAGAUGGGCAAGGGCACGCUGAGGCGUGUGGAGGAGGUCUUUGACUGCUGGUUCGAGUCAGGCAGCAUGCCCUACGCUAGUCAACACUACCCGUUUGAGAACGUUGAGAAGUUCAAGAACUCCUUCCCUGGAGACUUCAUCGCCGAAGGCCUGGAUCAGACUCGAGGCUGGUUCUACACUCUGCUCGUGCUGGGCACACACCUGUUCGGCACUGCACCAUUCAAGAACUGUGUCGUCAACGGCAUCGUCUUGGCGGAAGACGGCAAGAAGAUGUCAAAACGUCUCAAGAACUACCCUGACCCCAGCAUCGUGAUGAGCAAAUACGGCUCUGAUGCCCUGCGGCUCUACCUCAUCAACUCCCCCGUCGUGCGAGCAGAGCCACUGCGAUUCAAGGAGUCUGGAGUAAGGGAAGUUGUUCAAAAGGUGCUGCUUCCGCUAUGGAACAGUUAUAAGUUCUUCGAAGGCCAGGUUGCGCUCCUGAAGAAGGUUGAGGGUGUGGACUACAUGUGGAACGUUGGAUUGGAGACCACCAACACGAACGUCAUGGACAAGUGGAUCCUGGCCAGCUGCCAGAGUCUGCUGAAGUUUGUUAACGAAGAGAUGAAGGGCUACCGACUGUAUACUGUCGUCCCUCGACUUCUGGAACUCAUUGACAACACCACCAACUGGUACAUCAGAUUCAACCGACGACGCCUCAAGGGAGAAAACGGCCUGAAUGAUACUCUUCACGCACUCAAUGCCCUCUUCGACGUCCUCUUCACUCUCUGCCGAGGAUUGGCCCCCUUCACGCCUUUCCUGUCAGAUACCAUCUACCUGAAGCUCGUGAAGCACAUUCCCAAGGAGCUGCAAGGAGAAGACGCUCGAAGUGUCCACUUCCUGGCCUUCCCGGAAGUCAAAGAAGAGCUGUUCGAUGCCGAGGUUGAGCGCAGAGUAGCCCGAAUGCAGCGUGUCAUUGAGUUGGCACGAGUCUCGCGAGAGCGCAGAGGCAUUGGGCUGAAGACACCUCUCCGAACCCUGGUUGUCCUUCACCAUGACAAGCAGUAUCUCGAUGACAUCAAAUCGCUCGAAUCCUACAUCACUGAAGAACUGAACAUCAGAGACUUGGUGCUCACCGAUGACGAGGCGAAGUAUAAUGUCCAGUACAGUGUCACAGCUGACUGGCCGGUGCUUGGCAAGAAGCUCAAGAAGGACAUGGCACGAGUCAAGAAAGCCCUGCCCGGCUUGACCAGUGAGCAGGCGCAAAGCUAUCUCACGGAGAAGCACAUUAUUGUCGACGGCAUCCGCCUCGAGGAGGGCGAUCUCGUUGUUCGCCGAAGUGUGAAGGAGGACGAGGCCUCCAAGAAGCUGGAGAUCAACACCGACAGCGAGUUGCUGACCAUCUUGGACUCGGAGAUUUACCCUGAACUGGCCGAGGAGGGUCUGGCUAGAGAAAUCAUCAACAGGGUUCAGCGCCUGCGCAAGAAGGCCGGCCUGCAGCCUACCGACGACGUCAAGAUGGAGUACCAGGUCCUGUCUGAUCCCGAAAACAUUGGACUGGAGAAGGUGAUGGUUUCGCAGACAUCUGCUUUCGAGAAGGUCCUUCGCCGGCCUGUCGAGCAGCGUCAAGAGGGCGCCACGAGCGAGCUUAUUGCGGAAGAGGAGCAAGAGAUUCAGCAGGCCAUGCUGCUGCUGCGACUUGUCAAGAUUUGA